AUGGCAGGCAGUACAGUGACAGUGUGCACAGAGGAGCUGUUCAAAGUUUUAGUUAUUGGGGAUUUAGGUGUGGGGAAAAGCAGCAUUAUCUUGCGUUAUGUUCAUAAACGCUUUGAUGAAACAUACAAACUAUCUAUUGGAGUUGACUUUGCUCUGAAAACUAUUGAAUGGGAUACCAAGACAGUGGUGAGACUGCAGCUUUGGGAUAUUUCAGGUGAGUGUCAAAAUUAUGGAAGAUGUCCAAGAGCGUACUACAAAGGGGCAAUGGGAGCGUUAGUGGUCUUUGACAUUACAAACAGCUCCACUUUGGAUGGUGCCUCACAGUGGAAGCAGGACCUAGAUAGCAGAGUCUGUCUUGACAGCGGACAUCCAGUCCCUGCUGUCCUGCUAGCCAACAAAUGUGACAUGACAGGGAGAGAUGGAGACUUGGUGUCCUCCCUAGACAGCUUCUGUAAUGACAAAGGCUUCCUGGGAUGGUUUGAGACCUCUGCAAAGGACAAUAUAAAUUUUGACGAGGCCGUUGCCCUCCUUGUCAAACAAAUGAUGCUGUGCAACACCAGCCCGUCCAAUGAAGAGCACGACUGGGAAAGGAUCAAAGUGAGCCAGGCUCCUGGGGAGAGUCAGAGCCAGACAUCGUGCUGCUAGAGACCACGGCUGUGAGGCAUCGAGCCAAACAGAGAGAACCACUGGUUAAACGCCCUAACGAGACCUGUUUUUGAUAUCAAGUCAUGAAUCUACAGCUACCGCACAGAUGCUAUUUCAGAAAACCACUGAACCUAUGGGCUGGGACUUCAUAUUCACAUUUCUGUCUUGCCAGUUUCUCAAUAAUGUGUGGACUGUGUGGGUUGCCUCAUAAACACCUCUGUGGAGAAACGAUUGAGCUCAUUUCUAAGAUAAUCCACUAACACAGUCAGGCUAAUAAACAGAUCAGCGUGACACACAUCCUGCUGGGAAAAGUCUGUGACACUCCCAAUGCAACCAAGACUUGCUGGUGAUUGCCUACUAUUGACCUACUAUAAUGAGAGGCCGGAAACUGUAAAACAAUCAAAACUGACA